AUGUCUUUGAGAUUGAUUAAAUUGAACUCAGGAAGUUUGAUACCAUCAAUUGGUCUCGGUACGUGGGACUUGCCUCGUCAUCAAACAUCGGACAUAGUUUAUGAAGCUUGCAAGGUUGGAUAUCGACAUUUUGAUACGGCUGUUUUAUAUGGUAAUGAACGAGAAGUGAGUCAAGGAAUUGUUAGAUUCCUUAGCGAGAAUCCACAAUAUAAACGAGAGGAGUUUUUCUAUACUACUAAAUUAUGGAAUAAUCAACUUGGAACAAAUGAAACUCGUAGAGCAAUUGAAGAAAUGAUUGAAAAGAUUGGUGAUUUGCAAUACAUUGAUCUUCUACUCAUUCAUUCUCCAUUGCCAGGCAAGCAGCAUAGAUUACAGGCCUAUGAGCAGAUGCAAAUCGCUAAAGAUAAUGGCUAUGUCAAAAAUAUUGGAGUUUCGAAUUAUGGAAAGCAUCACAUCGAAGAGUUACUAACUUGGCCUCAAUUAAGAUUCAAACCCGUUGUAAAUCAAAUAGAAAUAAGUCCUUGGUGUAUGCGAACAGAAUUAGCUACAUGGUGUCUUAGUCAAGGAAUACAUGUUGAAGCUUAUGCUCCAUUGACGCAUGGUUAUAAGUUAACAGAGGAUCCAACUCUUGCAAAAUAUGCGAAGAAGUAUGAGGUUAGCCCUGCACAAAUUUUAAUCAAAUGGUCAUUGCAAAAGGGAUAUAUCCCUUUACCAAAGACCAAAACUCUAACAAGAUUACCUCAGAAUCUAGAUGUUAAUUCAUUUACUUUGUCUGAUGAUGAUAUUAAAGAAAUUGAUCGUCCAGAUGCUUAUGAGCCCACUGAUUGGGAAUGCACUGACGCUCCUUAA